AGAAGGACCACGUGAACGUGCUAAGAAGAAGGCACGCGAUGAAGGCACACAAGAAAGGCACAGUCAGCUGCCUAACGUCCGGUUGGCUAGUUCGAAGCCAUCUCGUUCUUAUCAAGGUAGACGCGUGUAAGAAGUAAACAUCAACAUGGCGGACGAUGAGGAAAAGAAGAGGAAACAGGCGGAGACCGAUAGAAAGAGGGCUGAGGUCCGAGCCCGCCUCGAAGAGGCUUCCAAAGCUAAAAAGGCUAAGAAAGGUUUCAUGACCCCUGACAGAAAAAAGAAACUAAGACUCUUGUUGCGUAAAAAAGCUGCGGAAGAAUUGAAAAAAGAGCAAGAAAGAAAAGCUGCAGAAAGGAGACGUAUCAUCGAGGAACGUUGUGGAAAACCAAGGAACGUCGAUGAUGCUAACGAAGUGGAAUUGAAGAAGAUUUGCCGAAUGUAUUACGACCGCGUCUACCUUUGUGAGGGUCAGAAGUGGGAUUUGGAGCGUGAAGUUCGGAAAAGGGACUACGAGAUCGCUGACUUGAACAGCCAAGUGAAUGACCUUCGAGGUAAAUUCAUGAAGCCAACUCUGAAGAAGGUUUCGAAAUACGAGAACAAAUUCGCCAAACUUCAAAAGAAAGCGGCCGAAUUCAACUUCCGUAAUCAAUUGAAACAAGUCAAGAAGAAGGAAUUCACUCUGGAGGAAGAGGACAAAGAGCCCAAGAAGUCCGAGAAAGCAGAGUGGCAGACGAAGAAGUAGAUUACAAAAACAGGCCGAAUGUGAAAAAAAGAAACACAUACACACAUACACACACACACACACACAUAUAUAUAUAAAUAUAUAAAUAAUCCUAUAAUGUACAUAUAUUUAAACAGUUCGAAUUUGAAUACAUAUACGUACGAUACAUACUUAAUUAUUUACAAUAUACACAUACAGACUGAGACGUAUACUCAUUUAACGAUCGACUAUUUUUCAUUCUAAUGAAAGUAUUUCACUUAAACAAAGAAAUAUUAAUAAUUAAAUAAAUUAAUAAAUAAAGGAGAGAUAAAAAAAAGUUUUGUCAAAAGAAUUGUGCCUCGAAAGCGUUUAUAAGAUUUUUACGGACAAAUAGUUUCGUUCGAAUUAAAUCUUGAAAUUAUCAAUGUUAGUUUCACGUAGAAAAGAAGAAAAUUGUUCUGAGUCGAUCCAAUAAACGAUUCAAAAAUCGAGUACAUACAAUGCACGAAGAAUCAAAAGAUAGAUAUAACCAUACUCGCAUCUAUUCCCAAUAUCCACAUAAUCUUCUUCGAGAUUUCAUUUCGUUUUCUUUUUUUUUUAUUUUAUCUUUUCAUAAGAUACUCGUAAUCUUUUUUUCUUUAUGUUUGUUUUCUAUUAUUUUUUUUUUUAAGGACACCCCAUAUUUUCCUCCGUCACAUCUCUGUAAAGUUCGUGACUCCGUCUCGAUUGCCAUUUCUUGAGAUCUUCAAUAUUAUUUAUAACUAAAUUUUUCACAUAGAAUUUUUUAUUCGUUUCAUAAAAAUUAUUCGUAAAAAUAUUAUAGAAACGUUUUUAUUAACAUAAUUCUAGAAGAAAGAAUCGAUAUGAUUCAAAAUAAUUCGUUGUUUUAUAAAUAAAAGAAAAAAGACAAUAUCAUAGAGGAUCUUAGAAAAAGGGUUUAGGGAUUAAUAAAGAAGGGCGAAAAAGGUGAGAAUGGCUUGCAGAGUAUAAUUUCUUUAAAAAAACAAUACAAAAUUUACAAAACAAAUAAACAAUUAAAUAAAUAUAAAAUAUAUAUAGCUCGAACUUUCUUCAAAUUUUCCGUUGAUAAUAUGGCAGAAACGCUUUUACUCACACUAAAUAUGCCUGCCCCUAUUUUUCUCUUUAUCUUUAUCUUUAUCUCUCUUGCAUAUACACAUACAUAUACAUAUAUAAUACAUAUAUACAUACAUAUACACCUAUAUAUAUAUAUAUAUAUAUAUAUAUAUAUAUAUAUAUAUCUAUAUAUAUAUAAUUUGUAUAUGCAUAGUUAUAUACAAGUAUACGUACACACUAGCAGUUAAAACGCACUUUAAUUUAGUUUUGCCUUACAAUUGCUAGCAUUUUUAUCUGAUUCUUCGGACGCUAAUCCAUUACAUACUUCGAACUAUCGUACUUCAUUAUCAAAUUAAUUGGAUAGAUAAGAAAUAAUAAAAACAAAAAGAAAAAGAUAUAAAAAAAAGAAAAAUAUAAAAAAAAAAAGAAAUAAAUAUAAGGAAGAGAACGAAAGAACGAAGUAGCGGCCAUUAGUAAAAAAUAUUGAUAAACUAAAAUUAUACGCGAGAUUAAAGAACAGACAUUUUACGCAAAAGGCGCAUUUUUUAAAUUGGCUUUAUCGCCUAUUAUUGAUUCGACUGCCAUGCUUCGAGGCUGUUAACGUGUAGAAUAUUUGUUCUGUCCUAUUUUUCGUUCGUACAAUGAUCGUUCAGCAUAUCCGAUUAUUUCAUUUUCUUCUGUCUCUUUUUACUUUUUAUUUGAUUGUUUGAUAAAUAUUUGUUGUUUUAUCCUAAUCAAUUUUUCUCUCAUAGUACAUACAUGUCGAUGAAUUAAUUUAAGAUUUUUGAUUAUGAGUCAUAAAGAAAAAAAUCAAUGAUUUUUUAUUUUGAAGUUUAAUAUACAGGGUGAACAAAAAGUUUCUAGGCGGGCUAAAAAAUUAUAGGUGAUUUUAAAAAUCAAUUACUCCUCUUCGGGACUUAUUUCCAGUUUGCAAAACUACAGUAUUAAUCUGUAAUACUGCAAGCCUAAAUAUAAGCUUAGAAACUAUCGAGAAAGAUUAAUUGAUUUUCAAAAUCACUUAGGUAGUACUUUUGAUAAAACUCUGUAUAAAAUUAAAAUAAGAAAAUUAAUAAUUUUUUGAUACUAUGUAAAAGAGUCAAUUUAUAUUUAAUAUAAAUUAUGUAUUUACAAAUAGCAUUUAUAUUUGUGAAUCAAUUAUGGAUAAAAAGAUUAAUGAUUUUUUUAAUUUAAUAUAAUAUUAAAAUAAAUAGAUUUUUAUACUUAAAAAUUCCUUUUACUUACGACAUUUAUAUUUAUGAAUCGACUCAAUAUUUUCAAGUGUAUAUAGAUCAUAAUAAAAUCGAUUAAUCAUUUAUCAUUUUUUUUGAAAAUCGAUAUGCCGAAUGAUCGCUUCUCGUCAUUUACGAUUCGAUUUUAUGAGAAAAAUUAGAAAAUGUUUCAUAUUAUAUACCCUAUAUAUAUAUACUUACAUACGUAUAUAUAUAGUAUAUACAUAUAUAUUUAUAUAUAUUCUCGAAGAAUCUAUUCGUAAAUGCUUGAUAAUCGUCAAAAAUUGACGAUUAAAUGUACGCUUGAAUAAUUGUCUCUAUAUUUCUUUUUUCUCUAUCUGUCUCUCUCUCUCUCUCUCUCUCUCUCUCUCUCUCUCUUUCUUUCUCUCUCUCUCUUUCUCUUUUUCUCUAUCUUUGUCUGUCUGUUUAUACUAAUGAUAUUGCUCUUGCAUUAUGUUCGCAGAAUGCGUCAAAAGAUAAG